GCGACCAGACCGUGGAAUGUGCGGGCGAAGCGCGGGGAGGAGGGGAGAAGGGAGAGGGAGAGGAGAGUGGGAGAGGUGGGGAGAGAGACACAGACAGAGAGAGGCAGAGAGACAGAGAAAGAGAGACAGAGACAAGAGAGGAGAAAGAGUGGUGUGAGAUAGAGACACAGACAUAGAGACAGAAGAGAGAGAGCGAGAGCGCGCCCGCGAGCGCGCAGAGGGUUAUCCGGACCGGGCCGCGUUAGGCGCGGGCCAAUCGGUGCCCGGCGGGCCCGUGACGUCAGAACCAAUGGGCGGCCAGCGCGGGUCUUUCAAUUGCCGCCCUGCCCAAUGGGGAGAAGGCUGCCCCUAUAAAGAGUGGAGCGGCUGGCCCAGACCUCGCUGUCGUCGCUUCCCCGCCGAACUCGUUCUCUUGUGUUCGCUAUGGCUCGGACGAAGCAGACCGCCCGCAAGUCGACCGGCGGCAAGGCGCCGCGCAAGCAGCUGGCCACCAAGGCGGCCCGCAAGAGCGCGCCGGCCACGGGCGGCGUGAAGAAGCCGCACCGCUACCGGCCCGGCACCGUGGCGCUGCGCGAGAUCCGCCGCUACCAGAAGUCCACCGAGCUGCUCAUCCGCAAGCUGCCGUUCCAGCGGCUGGUGCGAGAGAUCGCGCAGGACUUCAAGACCGACCUGCGCUUCCAGAGCUCGGCCGUCAUGGCGCUGCAGGAGGCCAGCGAGGCCUACCUGGUGGGGCUCUUCGAGGACACCAACCUGUGCGCCAUCCACGCCAAGCGCGUCACCAUCAUGCCCAAGGACAUCCAGCUGGCCCGCCGCAUCCGCGGGGAGCGGGCUUAAGGCGCGCGCAUCGGGUGCCAAGGUUUUCCAUCGCACCGAACCCAAAGGCUCUUUUCAGAGCCACCUCCCCACGCACUCGGAGGAGCUGUGCCGCUGUUUGCCGUGAGGACUCGGGCGGGCUGGGCAGAACACUGGGCCUCCGGGUCGACAGACGAGUGCGGCAGGAAUGGGGCUAGGUAGGGCCCUUUCCCGCCCCACCCUUUUGUUUGCGCAUUUCCGCCCAUUCCCGCCUUUGCCUUUUGCUUCGGCUUCGCUGCCCUCCGGACAUAGCGUCACGGAGGAACAGGUCUCGGUGGCUGGCGCUUAACCGGGGCUGUCAUCGUCCACCGACGGCAGGAAGGGCAGGCUUGAUAGGAGCGAGCGAGCCGAGUUAUUCCAAGAUCCUGGGGUACUCGGCGGCAGCGGGAACACAGCUCCGGGGCUCAGCCUCGCGUGUCUCGGAAGCGGCUGAGGGGACUGCGCGGGUUUCCGGUCGCCCGCCCGCUUCCCUGGUGGCUGCGGGUGGCCCGUCCAGGACCCGUCCCGGACCCGUGGGCAGUGCCUGGCUGGGGAUGCCGGUACCCACAUGUUCCCCGAAGCGGGAAGUUGCGAUUUCGGAGCGGGGCGGGCAUUCCCGUGUGGGCCCCGAGCCGGAGGGCUCCCCACUCAGGACGAAGGGUGUUCUCAGAGAAGAGUGACGGCGUCGCGGAUCACGUUCUCCAGGAACACCUUCAGCACCCCGCGGGUCUCCUCGUAGAUGAGACCCGAGAUGCGC